AUGGAGGCUGUCCCUCCAUUCAGGUCCAGCCUCUUGGGGAUUCUGCUGUUGGUAAUGAAACUCUCAGUGCUGCUUGUCCAGAACCGGGUCCACCUCUACAAUUUUCUGCUCCUUAAGAUCAUCUUCUUCAACCACUGGCUGUCAGGGCUGGUCCAGGAGGCUCAGGGGUCCUGGGGCCAGCAGGACCACUCACCAGCUGGCCUUGCAGCCUGCCCUGUGGGCCGGAUUCUACGGGCUGGGCUGGCGCUGAUUGAAGUCCAUGUAUACUUGGUGCUGAGGGUGCCCAGGCUAGUGUGGGCGGGCAUGCUGGGCUGUGCCCGGGUCUUGGGUCUGGUCCCGAAGCAACUAGGUACCUGGGAGCGGCUGGGACUAUCUGUGACUACCUGGACGGACCUGCUUCUGUCAUGUCUGCACAGCCUGAUGCUGGCAGCCUUGCUACUGCUUCUGCUGACCUGGAGGCUGUGCUGGAAGGCCCACCGCUGCAGCUUGGGCUGGUUGCCCAACAAGGCUCUGCUGGAGAACCGUGUGGUGCUGGAGCUACUGGCACUGCUGAAGCGUCUAUACUGGUGGCUGGAGAGCACGACGGCACUCACUUCUUGGCACCUGGUCUAUCUUGUCACUUGGACCACCUGCCUUGCUUCUCACCUGCUGCAGGCUGCCUUUGAGCACACAGCCCAGUUGGCCCAGGCCCAGGAGACUGAGCCAAAGGAGACCUCAGGGCCUUUGUGCGAGUCCUCAUUCCUUGAGCCUUUGGCCCCUGAGGCUGUGCCAGUCUUAUCAGAGCAUGGAACUUCUGGAGAAUAA